AUGAGCCAAAAAGACCAGGAAAUGCCCGGCUCUCUGAUAGACUCGAGCGAUGUCGCAACUGAUCUGGCUGAUUUUGACAUGUCGUCAGGCUCCAAGACUCUUCAACUCGACCAGUCCCAACCACCAACUCCAGAUGGCACAGGACGUCCAGUCAACUUUCAAGUCAUUGCCCCGGGACUCUAUCGAUCGAGCUAUCCCCAGUACGCACAUUUUGAGACUCUUGCCGACCUGGGUCUCAAGACCAUUGUAACUCUGGUUUCGGGGCCUCUCCCUAUCGAUUACCAGAAAUUCAUCACCUCCUACGGGAUUACUCACUACAUCAUUCCUAUUCUUGCCAACAAGGACCCAGAAGUCUACACCUCAGAUGUGGUUGUCUGCAAGGUUGUCGAACUCAUGUUGGAUCCGUCCAACUAUCCCUUGCUUAUUCACUGCAACAAAGGCAAACACCGGAGUGGCUGCAUCACGGCUGCAUUCCGCAAAGUGACAGGAUGGACCCUGGACGCUUGCAUCGAAGAAUACGAACGGUAUUCCAAGCCCAAAAGUCGCGAUUUGGACAAGGUAUUUAUUGCUCGUUUCGACCCUUCUCCUCUGAAGCAUCUCGCCAUCGAAAGAGGCUACGUCGGUGGCGUUUAUCGGCAACCGGUGCGGGACUCGACAAAAUCUUCGAUAUACACCAACAACACCGUGGAGACAGCUUAUACGACAACUGACGACUCUGUCAACGAUUUCCACGAGCAAGUCCGGAAAGAACACGAAACACUUUUGGAGCCGGUGAAGGCGGGGUGGUCGAAUUAG